GUUUCGGUUGAGCAUUCUUGGCAGGGUCUCGCUCGGUGAACAGGCAGUCGACCGUCGGCUACAGCGACUCUUUCCUAUAUGUCUGGAGAUUUAUGUUAACGGAAUAGGAGCCGAGAGAAAACACCGGAGCAGCAUUAGACACAAGCACUGAGCCUUCCCCUCCGUCCAACAUCACCUGCACAGCUGAAGGAAGAACAAGAUCUGCAUCAGACAGAAUAGAGCAGAAGACGCCGAGUGGUCCAAACUCAAACUGGUCCUCAAUGGACUAGUGGAGUGUUUCCCCACCUGCCAGUUGAAAACAAUGUUUUUUGGAGCCAGAGGCCGUAGCACCAUCAGCCGAGUGUGCGUGGGGCCUCUCCUCUCCGUCUUUCCCUGCACCCCUCCUAACAUGGGAUGCCAGCCCCCCGCCUCCCUGCCCUGAGCUCUCCUGGGGCACCAUGAACAGCUACAGAGACAGAGGGGUGACUUGCACCUCCUCUGACCUCCUGGAUGGAGGAGGAGGAGGUUUUAUGCAGCACACUCCCUUUCGCCACACCCCCAAUGGCCACCCGGCUCUUGGCCCCAGCGACCCAGCCAUGUUACCGCGCGUCUCCGUGCCCAAAAUGGGUGUCCGGGCCCGGAUUGCAGAAUGGCCGCCACGCCGCGCACAGUCCAGGGAGUCGCUACUUGAAAAUGGACAAAUGAGCAACAUCCGCUAUGGAGACAACUGCUCCACUCUUUCCUCAUCAGGUUUGUCAUCUGACAUGGGGCUGGUGCGGGGAGGAGUUGCCAGGCUACCACGAAGACGGUCUAAGGACGUAGAGUUCAGAGGAGGAGGAUUCGCUGUUGAUAGAAAUCCACCUUUUAGCCUGAGAGUGUUCCCUCCACUGAGACAGCGCUCAAACAGCGAGGUGACGCUGAGCGAACAGGACGAAAAUGAGGUGGAAGUUCGUGGUGGUGGCGGGAUGGUGAGCAUGUUCAGAGAGUACGGCAGCACCUCGUCCAUCGACAUCCAGGGCAUCCCUGAGCAGAGUUUCUUCGACAUGCUGACUCAGUUCCACCAAGAGAGGCCCGACCAGCGCAGCUCGGCACCCGAACGACUCGGGGAGCUGCUGCGAACUCCAGACUCGCCACCAAGCGCUCCCCUCCCCUCUGCUCCCUCACCUGGUCCCACAGCAGGGGACGACAGAGGGACAGGAAGGAAGGAUGGAGCUGAGAGGGUGAGGAAGAAGAGCGGCGGGACCGAGUCGUCACUGGGCACCUCCUCUUUGUUCAGGAAACUUCGGAGCUCUAGUCGCGGCGAGCUGGACGGAGGGAAGGGAGAGACAAGUGAGGAUGGGGGAGGCCGGGCGCCACCAGACGCCUCCUACAAACCGUGGGUGUGCCCCAAGACUUUUGUCCACUUUGACGCUCAGAGCAUCCUGUUUGACUUCCACGAGGCGGCGGCUCAGCGGGGUUACGCCGCCCAGAGGAGGAACACCGCCACGGGGGCGUCAGCUGCAUCAGUGUCUCUGUCCGUCUCCAAAUCCUCGGCUCAGACCGUGAACGAGCCGGUCUACUCCAGCAUAGAGGAUCUAACCCUCAGCCUCGAACCCGGCUCUAUGACCCCCUCCCUGGGCAUGGAUCCCCUGGACGGGCCUACUGGACCCCACAGCUCGAGCCACAUGCUCCUCUGCUGCCCCCACUUCCUCAACGAGACCGGGGGCCACGGGGAGCGCAACAUCAGCUUCCUGAGCUCGUCAGCAGAGCGGGACAGAGGAGGAGAGGGAGCGAGGGGCUGGCUGAGGAGGAGCAACGCCAGCGUCUCCGUGCUUGAGGUGCCGAUUGAACAGCAGGUUACGAGACUGGACCGACUGAAACUGUACGGCAUCGAGCAUGUGGACCUGGGGGCCCGGUACUACAGAGACUACUUCCAUGGGAAAGAGCAUUCAAACUACUUUGGGGCAGACGAUAAGAUGGGCGCUGUGGCUGUGAGCAUCCGCAGGGAGAAAUUGGAUGACACCAAAGACCUGAAAGACCAGUACCAGUACCGCAUCAUUGUCAGAACCAGCGAGCUUGUGACCCUCCGAGGCUCUAUUUUAGAGGAUUCGGUGGCGUCCACAGGGAAGCACGGCACAGUGCGGGGUCUGCCGCUCAAGGAGGUCCUGGAGCAGGUCGUCCCCGAGCUCAACAUCUCCUGUCUGAGGCUGGCGCUCAGCACACCCAAAGUCACCGAGCAGCUCCUUAAACUGGACGAACAGGGGUUGAGUCAGAAGCACAAGGUGGGUGUUCUGCUGUGCCGAUCGGACCAGAGCACAGAGGAGGAGAUGUACAACAACGAGGAGGCGUCGCCCGCCUUCUCUGCCUUCCUGGAGCUGCUGGGGGAGCAGGUGCUCCUCAAAGACUUCAACAAAUACGCUGCACAGCUCGACACAAAGACGGACUCUACGGGCACCCACUCCCUGUACACCACCUACCAGGGGUACGAGGUCAUGUUCCAUGUGUCCACCAUGCUGCCGUACAUGCCCAACAACCCACAGCAGCUCCUGAGGAAGCGCCACAUAGGGAACGACAUUGUCACCAUAAUCUUCCAGGAGCCGGGAGCGCUCCCUUUCACCCCGCAGAAUAUCCGCUCCCACUUCCAGCACGUCUUUGUAAUUGUCCGUGUGCAUAACCCCUGCUCUGAAGGCACCUGUUACAGUGUUGCUGUGACCAGAAUGAAAGACGUGCCUCCCUUCGGCCCACCCAUCCCCAGCGGCGUCACCUUCCGCGACCCAGAAACCUUUCGUAACUUCCUUCUAGCCAAAGUUAUCAAUGCAGAAACCGCAGCACACAAGUCGGAGAAGUUCCACACCAUGGCGACACGAACGCGGCAGGAGUACCUGCGGGACCUGGCGGAGAACUACGUCAGCAGCACGCCACUCGACUCCGCGGGCAAGCUCAAUAACCUCAUCUCCCUCGCAUCUAAAAAACGGGAGCGCUCCAAGGCGAGAGAGGGAGCAGAGCUGGGGGCUGCAGGGGCCAUCGCCUGGAGGGUCCACGCUCAGGACUUCAGCGGGGGAGGGACGGAGCUCCCCUGUGCCUUGGGUCUGUCGGCUGAGUACGUCCUCCUGACAGACUGCUCCACAAAAGAGGUGGUGUUUAACUGUUUCUGUGCCGACGUGAUCGGCUGGACUCCGGAGCGGCUGGCGCUGAAGAUCUUCUAUGGGCGAGGAGACCACAUCGCCGUGCGGGUGCCAGAGGGGUUUGCACCGGACAUCAGGGAGGUGGUGCAGAGGUUAAAGUCGUUGACGGUGGGAUGUGAGACAGUGGAUAUGACUCUGAGAAGAAACGGACUGGGACAACUGGGCUUCCAUGUCCGCUUGGACGGCACUGUGGCUGAGGUGGAGGAGUAUGGCUUUGCGUGGCAGGCGGGGCUGAGGCAGGGCAGUCGGUUGGUGGAGAUCUGCAAGGUGGCCGCGGUGACGCUGACUCACGAGCAGAUGAUUGACCUGCUGAGGACGUCAGUCACGGUCAAAGUCGUCAUCAUUCCUCCGUACGAAGAGGGGGGGCCUCGCAGGGGCUGCACAGAGGAGUAUGAGAUGAAGACCAUGGAGCAGAAGCCAGAACCUGAGCCUCUGGCAGCAGGCUACAGACCCUCCCCUCGCCCUACGUGGCGAUGGGACAGCCCCCCAAUUCCUCCAGGGCUCCACAGUGUCCCCAACCCGCAGCGCUGGGCCCCCAUGGGUCCCCCACCUCCUCCACUGCCCCGCUCGCACAAGACCCUGAUGCCUGUUCCCUACAGGGAGCCCCAACACCUAAACUCUAAGAGGCCGGUGAGCUACCCAGAGAAUCACUACAGCAUGUCUCCUGCAGGGAUGAUGCCCUACAGAAACCCCUCAGCCAGCUUCUCCUCUCCCUCCUCGGGCCUGAGCGGCCUCUCCACGAUGGGCCCGCCUGGAAUCACACCAGGCCUCUUCAUACGCUACAAACCCUCCCCCGACAGAUAUGGAGCAGGACAGCGCCCCCUGCUGCCGUAUGAGCCUCACCUCAGUGUGGACAUUAACUCCAGUGGAGAGUCUUCUUCAGGUUUCACCAGUCAGGAGAGCACCAUGGAGCGCUGCAAAACAGAACCCCUCUGGCAUAUCCCAGCGUCGUCGUCUCGGGGACCGGGGGUUGGAGGGGGGCAGAGGAGACCAACCAGACAGGAUGUCCCGGGGAAGGACUCUCCAAACAGAAACUCAAAGCAGGGCGAGACUCAUUACUCGAGCCACUCCAGCAGCAACACUCUGUCCAGUAACGCCUCCAGCGGACACAGCGAGGAGCGCUGGUUCGACGGAGGACCUGCAGGUGAACGGGGAGCAGGGGGUUGCCCUGGCGACCCAAUGGAACCUGAUCCCGACCAUCUCAACAAGGGGGGGUCUAACGACAGCGGCAUCGACGCCUCGACACAUUACAACAACAACCGCCACGUGAACAUGCCCAACAGCCACAAGCCCGUGCACUGCUUUGGGACGUAUAGCGGCGUGCAGGAGCUGUCGGUGGGGAGGAGCAGCGGCAGCAGCGGAGAAGGGAGGAGACGGGAGUCAUCCCCAAUCAUACCAGCUGCAGCCAAUCACAACAAAGGGUACCGAACCAGGACGUUCCCGCCUCCUGGCUCCAGCGCUGAAAAAAUGGAAGCUUUUAAGCCCAGGGCCUACACACCGCAGGGCUACAAGACUCCUACAGCUGACAAAGCCCGGCCCGUCCGUGCUGCUACAACGACACCAACUUCAGCUCAUUUAAGCUCCAUCCCUCUGUCCAGCUCGGCUCCAAAGGCUUUUUAUGGAAAGAGCAGACAAAACGCCUGGCAUAAUGAUGACAAUGGCUCAUCGCCUUCAAACAUAACCACAACAUCCAACUCUGAAAAGAAGCAGCUGGAUACUAACUCAAAGAACGUGUUUGGACAACCUCGUCUCCGAGCCUCACUGAGGGACCUGCGUUCUCCUCGACGGACAUACAAAAGCACCAUCGAAGAUGACCUGAAGAAACUUAUCAUCAUGGACAACGUGGGGGAGACGCCACAGAGAGACCCAUCUCCCAGACGAACUCUGCAGCGCACCUUUUCAGACGAGUCGCUAUGCAGCGGGCGCAGAGAGGCGAGCUUUGCUAACUCUGAGAACCCGACGACGCCCAACGACGUCCUGUUCACCUGCACGCUGCCCACACGCAAACACAGCGUCUCUAAUAACCACGUACAGGGCAAGAAGGUGCCUCUGUCUGCCUCAGAGCUGUCGCUCACUGAAGUCAGAGACAAAGUCCCCCCCCUGAGGAGGCUGGACCCCGGGCUGAUGCCUCUUCCUGACACAGCCUGUGGCCUUGAGUGGUCCAGCCUGGUAAACGCUGCUAAAGUCUACGAAGGUGAGGCAGCAGACACCUCAAAACUAGCACAAAGAGCAGUUUCCCUCUUCUCACUGGCGGAGCCACAGGGUGGGGGUCCGGACAUGAGACCGGUCAUCAGUCCAGUCCAGUUUCAGACUCCUCAGACUCCACGGACCACGCCGACCUUCAGCAGUGACGAGGUGCCCAACGAUCUGUCUGGUCGGCUCUACAACCUGGAAGUGAUGUUAAAGCAGCUGAACAAUGAUCUGGAAAGGGAGAAGCAUGACAAAGUCGUUCUGCUGGCAGAGAUGGCCAACCUGAGAGAGAACAACCAGCGCCUGCAGGUGGAGAGCAUGACGGCCAGCGAGCAGCUGCGCAAGUUCAGCAGACUUUUUAAUAACAAUGACAAGACAGAGGAGGACAACGAGGGUAACUCCUUAACAUACGAGGCUGACUCUAAGAGGGAGUGAUUCCUGCAGAAGAGGGAGGCGAGCUCCCGGCCACAGGGGGGGGGGGACUUGCACACAAAGUGGCGGGUGGCGGAGAUCACGCCCUCCCUGCUCAGCUUCCACUGGACUGCCUUAAACUGUAGAGAAGCAAGGAAACAGAAAAACUGGAUUUUAAAAUGCAAACACUCCCAGAAAGUCUCGACCGAGCAGAGAGCCUCCCUCUCUUUUCCCUGAGCCUGUUUAUUUUUAUAAACUGAAGUCAAAAAGUCUUAUAUACCUUUCAUAUGUAUAGAUACGUAUGCUACUAUGCCAGAGGAGCGAGUAGGAGAGGAAACUGUUUUAGAGAAUCAUCACCUGGAGAGGCCUAAUACUGUUCCUGCAGCGAAUCAGCCAAAAAAAACAAGACUCAUUACAGACUGCAUCUCCCAGAAUGCACUAGAAGUAAUGGAAGCUGUACAGACAUGGUACUGUAGAUACAUGCCUGUUCUCAUGUAUCAAUAUGACCUAUAUUGUACUGAUAUUGAUGUACUAAAGAGGUGUGUGUGUGUGUGUGUGUGUGUGUGUGUGUGUGUGUGUGUGUGUGUGUGUGUGUGUGUGUGUGUGUGUGUGUGUGUGUGUGUGUGUGUGUGUGUGUGUGUGUGUGUGUGUGUGUGUGUGUGUGUGUGUGUGUGUGUGUGUGUGUGUGUGUGUGUGUGUGUGUGUGUGUGUGUGUGUGUGUGUAGACUGGUACAGCAAAUUCUCAGAAAUGUAAUGGCACAAAAGUGUGAAGCAUUUUAUUCCCCUCUAGUGUGUGUGUGUGUGUGUGUGUGUGUGAGAGAAUGUGAGCAUCUGCUAUGGGACGUUUCGAGUGCUGAACAAACUAGUUUACUGUAAUAUGAAAGCUUGUGGGCCAGACUAUUUUUCUCUCCUCCGUUUACAUGGAUGAACCUGUGGCCCUUCAGAUGUGAAACAAGCCAUCGGCGUGCUGUGUGAGUGUAAAAGGUCGAUGUAAUGUCAAGCUCAGUGAUAUUAAUUAUAGUACCAUAUCUCAAUGUAGUGCAUUGUUUUGAAUUUUACCUUCUGUUAUUCAACAGUGCCGUUUCAUCUCAGAUCUAAAUGGACUGGAUUAUUAUUUUAAACUCGAGUCAUUAUCCCAGUAUGUCUCUGAAACGAUCUUAUUUUCUCCUGGAUAGUGUUGCAUUUUUGCCAGACGAAUAUGAGGGUGGUGUCAUCUCACUGCUAGAAAAUGAGCUAUGAUGUCCUACAAAAUGUCAAACUAUUCUUUUAAAAGCGUCUUCUUUGCAUACAACUGUUAACUAAACUGCCGUUGGUCACGUGUGCUUACAGAAAACAUUAAGUACAUGAACCCACAACAUGUCUGCCUGUGCGCGAGAGGAUUUUCCCCCUUUGAUAACCCAAGUGAACACAAGACACUAUUUAUACUGCUGGCUUGCUUAACGAUAUUGUCUACUAUAUCUAUUUUUCAUACAGAAAUACUGUUUUGGGACGUUGGUACUGAAUGGACAAUACAUCCGUGCAGAGGAUGACUCUUCCUGUGUCAGUUUUAAUAUCGCUGAUGAAUCAUCUGCUACUUUAUAUGAUCUGGAGGUUUCUUUCUCUGUGGUCUGACUGGAAUUGUUUAAUUGUAAAUCCAAAUCGCUCAGGUUCCUCACAGCGCUUUAAAAAAAAAGGUAAACCAUCGGUUAGGAGUGGGCGAUGUGUCAUCUCAAGCCUGAGAGGAUGUCAAUUUGUGUUUUGCCAAAAUGUUAAAACUAUUGUAGUUAUCCCUUUAGUAUCUCUUGGUGAAUAAGGUCACUGUAAUGAAUGUUUAUUGAUUAAAUACUUUGUUCAGAGGCAUUCAAUCUGCUGGAUUAGGCUCUGAUAGAAAAAGAUAAUCCGUUUCUCAAUUGAGCUUCAUAUAAAAUGUAAGUCCUGAAGGUCAAGUGAGAGAACUACAUCUGGUGAUCCAUUUUCAAAAUAUCCUCUCAACUGUUGUCUGAAUUAGGAGCAAGUGUUUAUUUUUUUUACAAAUUGGAUCAAUCAAUGUCACACUUCCAUGAUUAUGAUAACACCAUGAUAUCGCUCACUCCUACUGAAAACAUAGUUUUCUUUCACUAACUUGAGAGAGAACAUGUGUCGCAGUCGGACUCAUUUCCUCCUGCUUUCUGCUCCUUUACUCCUCGGCAGUUAUUCAGCUUUGAUACGAGUAACUUUUUCAAAUAGUUGGACCUUUUUGUGAUGGUUCAGGAAUAACACGUUUACCAGUCUCUCUGGAAUAAAUUAAGGUAUGAGUUUCAGAUCCUCCUCAGAAAAAACUCCUCUUCCUGUCGUGACUCUCCUGCUCCUCCUUCAUUCAUGCAGCUCUGCUGGGUGUCGCUGUGGCGGUCUUAUUAGUUUGCUUACAAGGGGCAAGGUUUCUUUUUUUAAUAUAGUUUGUUCAUGUUGUGUAUCAUUUUAAGCUAUUCAUAGCAUACACAACGAUCCUUGUUGAACAAAUCAAUAAUGCAUUACGGUUAAUGGUAAUAUUAUAUAACUAGGUUUGUUUUUUUAGAUGUUAAAUAUUUUGAUAAUUUAUUUUUAACACAUUCCCACUGUUGCAGACAGUAGUGAAGAUGAGAGGGUACUGUGUUUUUAUUUGUGUAUGCUGUUUUGCUUUUGAUCUAUGUACAAAAUUGAUCUGUAUGAUUCCUCGUUUUCUGCUUUCUGGCAUUGUUUCCCGUUAGUGUCAGGGCUGCGUGAUGCAGAAGACAUAUUGGUUGGAAAUUGUUUUCUUUGGGUUGUAAUAACUUGUACAUUUAAAAGUGUAAAUUAUGUUUUCAUUAUUUUAUAAAAAAUAUAUUAAAAAUAAUUAUCAGAA